AUGCCUUCAUUACAUAAUAAUAUGGGGAAUCCAAGAAACAAAUGCGCUCUACAGCCUGGCCACAGCCUUAUGGACUGGAUCCGCUUGGGGAAUUCAGGGAAAGAUCUCACGGGUGUCGGUGGUCGGAUAAAACCAGUAUCGCCUUCAGAACUCGCUUUACAUAAUUCAAUAAAUGACGCGUGGCUAGCAAUUAGAGGGCGUGUCUAUAACAUAACUCACUACUUACCGUAUCAUCCAGGAGGUCCCGAAGAAUUGAUGCGUGGGGCCGGAAUGGACGCCACGGAACUCUUCGACAAAGUCCAUCCUUGGGUCAACUACGAUUCUUUACUGGCCAAAUGCUUGGUGGGACCGCUCUCGUUCGAUAGGCCAGACGGUGACGAACUAUUCAACGCGCCAUCGAGACCCGAUCGACUACGAGAGCCGUCGAAGGCCCAGGAACUAGUUAGAAAAUCUAUGGAGAAUCUAGCGAACUGUAUAACACCGGUUAGAAAAAAGAUUACGGCGAAGAGUGAAGAGAAUGUCAAAGGAAGUCCCCCGAGUAAAAUAAUGCAGAGCUUAAUACAGUCGAGUGACUUACCGGUAUCGAUUAGCCGAAGAGCAGCGUCGAGUCCAUCCAAGACGACAGAUAGAUCUAAGGGUCCGCCUCCAUUACGUUUCGACUGGAUUCAAACUUCGACGAAAAUCGUCGUCUCGAUAUACACUGGAUAUUUGGCGAACCCCGGGGGAUGUGCGAAGUUAUUAGACGGGUCUUUGUCCGUGGAAAUUGCCACUAAUGGAUGGUUGAGAAUAUUUAGACUAGCCCCCGAAGGAAAUCUAAGGGAUCCUUUGCAAUUAAAAAUAUACUCUGAGAGCGGGAAAAUUGAGGUAGUAGCGUUUAAAUCCGAAUGCAAAUUAUGGAAGGGGUGCGGUGAAACCUCUUUCAGUGAAGCGAUACCAAUCACCACACCGAUGAGGGUACAAUGUCGUGUGAUGGAGGUUGGGACAAUUUCCCACGACACAAGCCUCUUAACUCUGGCUCCCAUAAUUGGACCUGUCUUAGUACCUUUGGGACAUCACGUGAGAGUACAUUAUAAGGAAUCAGAUUCGGAAUGUAUCCGUUCCUACACCCCGAUCGGCGAAGGCUGGGACAGAUCACCUAAUGAUUAUAGUGCCCUUAAAUUAGCUGUGAAACGAUACGAAACAGGAACUCUAUCUCCCUAUCUGACGUCUUUGAACCUGGGCGAUGUGAUUACGCUGUCAGGAUCCUACGGGAACUUCCAAUUACAACAGUUAAAAUCUGUGAAGACCAUAUACUUAAUAGCUGCUGGUACUGGGAUCACACCGAUGCUGCCUUUGCUACGGUUUACGUUGUCUAGAUCGAAUCCUAGAUGCGAACGAGUACAUUUAAUAUUUUUCAACAAGACGGAAGAAGAUAUUCUAUUUAGGAAUGUUUUCGAUGAAAUAGUUCGACAAGAUGAAAGGUUAAACGUCUUAAACGUCCUGUCAAAUGCAAGUGCUUCGUGGAAAGGCCUAAAAGGAAGGAUUAGUAUGGACAUCCUAGCUUCAGUCAUACCUAAAGAAGCUGCGAGUUCCCCCACGCUGUUUGCGUGUCUCUGCGGCCCAACUGAAUUUACUCACACAGGAAUGGAUUUAUUGAAGAAAAUCGGCAUUAAGGAGGAUUUUAUACACGCCUUCAUCGGUUAG